AUGCGAUUCGCUUCCAUCAUCGCCCUUGUCUCGGCCGUCGGCGCCUUCGCUGCCCCCACCCUGAACGCUCGUGCUCAGUGCUCGGCCGAUAACCAGAACUACCUCGACAACCUGUCGUGCCCCGCUGUGCAGGCCCUCUCUGGCUUCCUUGGCUUCCAGAGUGACAGCAUCGGUGGUUUCUCGAGGAACACCCUCGCCGAGAUCAACAGGCUCCUGGUCUCGGACGAUCCCGUCUCUACCAUUGGCAAAAACGCUUUCGCCGGUGCUGUCCAGGGCUUGACCCAAGGGACCGUCUUCACCCUCAAGUCUGUCGCUGCGAUCGUACCCGAGCUCAACCCCGCUUGCAAGUGCAACCUUGUAGCCUGCAACAACGCCAUCAUCGACGCUCGCGGACAGUGCAACAUCACCCCUCAAUCCGGCGCGCUCUCCGCGACCUCCAGCCAGGCAUGCGGUCAGACACUGUACACCUGCGCCGCCUUCUACACCAAGGAGCAGGUCAACCAGAUGACGGGCUGCUGCAGCCGGUACGCGGGCGCUACCAAUGUCUAG